AUGAGCGGCGCGGGGCGGCGCGAGCCGGUGCUGCGGGCCCUGCUGAAGUGGGGGGACGCCCCCACCCUGCUGCUCCCGGAGGGGGUCACCCCCACCCAUCUGGCCACCCUCAGAGAGGACGCGGGCGGUGGGUGCUGCCUGGGGGUGCUGCUGCGCCACGGCGGGGACCCCAACACCAGGUCCGCCGAGGAGCUGACGCCGCUGCACGUCGCCGUGUCCUGGGGGUGCUGCGGGUGCCUCCGGCUCCUGCUGAAGAAAGGGGGGGAUGCGGAGCCCCGAGACCAGGAUGGGAAACGAGGCAUUGACCUGGUGCUGGAGCAGGACAACCGUGCACGCCUGCGGAUCCUGCGAGACUCGCGACGUGCCCGGGGCUGGCCCCCCGCCGAGGAGCCGGGGGGGCCCAGGCGCUCCCUCUCCUUCCUGACGGAGGACGGCACCGAAGGCAGCGUCUCCUCUGGGCUCCCCGAGGACGGUGCUGAGGCCGGGCCCCUGAGCAGCACCCGCAGGUCCUUGCUGGAGGAGCCGGACCUGGGGGGUGGCUGCAAGCCCCCCCGCAGGCUGGCCAGCCUUGCCGCUGGCGAUGCCACCCCCCGGGGGCCGGAGCCCCCCAGACACCGCCACGUCACCCCCAGGACCAAGAGCCGCCUCCAGGCCUCCGCAGAGCGGCUCGGCACCUCCUCCUCCUCCUCCCUCUUCGAUGAGAUGCCGGAGAUGCCCCGGAGGCCCCCCAGGCUCAGAGCACCCCGAGGUGUCCGCAGGGACCCUGCCACCUCCUUGGGGCACUGCGUCACCCCGGGGGCCGAGGAUGUGUCCAGUGGGGACGGAGAGGGGACAGGCUCUUUGGAUGACACUGAGAUCCUCCCCGGAGCCCCCAGCCAGCCCAGCUUGCCCCCGGGGGCCAGUAGCUCCCCCAGCCCCACGGUCCUGCUGUGCCCUGGGGACAACGACCUCCCCCAGGACUCCCCAUCAGAUGCUCGGGGCCCCCCCGGCUCCAGCCCCACGGUCCUGCUGUGCCCUGGGGACCACGACCUCCCCCAGGACUCGCCAUCAGAUGCUCGGGGCCCCCCCGGCUCCAGCCCCACGGUCCUGCUGUGCCCUGGGGACCACGGCCUCCCCCAGGACUCCCCAUCAGAUGCUCGGGACCCCCCUUGUGCCACCGGCAGCCCCAAACCCACGGUGUUGGAGGGUGGUUCUGGGCGGCAGGACCCCUCGCCCUUGGGGACACACCAGCCCCUGUGGUCCCACGGGAGCUUCAGCCGCCUCCCGGCCCCACGGCCACCGGGCAGCACCGUGGUGGAGCUGGGGAGCCCGGCCAUGCCGCACUCGCCUGCUGGCUGCAGCACCCACGGCUCCAAGGAGCAUCUUGAGGAUGAGGAGCGGGGACAGGCACCCACCGAGCGGCACAGCCCCGGCACAGAGGCCACCACCAGCCCCAAGGACGCCGCAGUCCAGGGUGGGCGAGCGUGCACCGCACUGCUGCGGCCCCUCUCAGACGAAGGUCUGCGCCGGCGGCUGCGGGCGCUGGGGGAUGACCCGGGGCCUGUCACGAAGCUCACCAGGCGGCUCUACCUGCGGCGGCUGGAGGAGCUGGUGAGGGGACCCCGGGGGAAAACGGCAGGGCACAGCCCCGAGCUGGCAGCCGCGCUGCAGACUGGCCACGUCCCCGACUGCGCCCAGGACGAGCUGGCGCUAGUCCGGCAGUUCGACCGCCCCGAUCGGAGCCGGCGCUGGCGGGAAGGGCUGGUUAAGUCCAGCUUCAACUACCUCCUCCUCGACCCCAGGACCACCCAGAACCUGCCGCUCCGCUCCCACCGCCUGAGCCCAGCUGAGUGCUUCAGGACCUUCGUCAAAGCCAUCUUCUACGUGGGCAAGGGGACACGUGCCCGGCCAUACUGCCACCUUGCCGAGGCGCUGAGCCAGCACCGUGCCAGGACGCAGAAGGGCUGCCCCAAGGUGCGGCGCAUCCUGGAGAUCUGGGCGAGCGGGCAGGGCAUCAUCUCUGUGCACUGCUUCCAGAGCACCGUCCCGGCGGAGGCUUACACGCGGGAGGGCUGCCUCGUGGAGGCUCUGGGGCUGCAGACCAUCACCAACCAGAGGAAGGGGAACUGCUAUGGCGUGGCAGCGAGCUGGCCGGCGGAGCGGCGCCGGCGCCUGGGCGUUCACAUGCUGCACAGGGCCAUGCGCAUCUUCCUGGCCGAGGGCGAGCGGCAGCUCUGGCCGGCGGACAUCCAGGGCGGGCGCUGA